GAUAACUUGGGUUAACUAUGAAUAUAUGACAUAAGACUUAACGGAUAACAAUGGAUAGGCCUUGAAUGCAUGUCUUAUGGAUGUCUAUCCAAAAUGGCGUAUGAUCCAUUGAGUGUAUGUUUAGAAUUUUAAAUAAAAUAUUGCACGAGAUUAUUUAUCGACCAGCACUACAGAAUGAGCUCAACACGAGAUCGUGCUGGAGGCCGAGGACGUGAAGAUAAACCAAGUCUUCCGUUAAGAAAACCUGGCGAGAUUCGCACACCUGAAAUUGCUGAAAAUAAUAUAUCUCAAGACGAUGAAAAACCACCUGUACAAAAGCCUGAACUGACCGUCAAUGUGGCCAGUGAAAGUGGACCAAAGCAGCUUGCACAAGGUUUGUAUUUACUUGAUGGUGCUAUAUUGUACUAUUUUGUGCUAUGUUGUACUAUAUUUACUUGAUGGCGCUAUGUUGGGGGCUAUGUUGGGCUAUGCUGUGCAGCUGUAGUGCUGUACAAGGCCGAUGGAAAUUUAAUAAGGUGUCUGUUUACAAGUCACCUAAAAUUUCAAAAGUUGGUGUGGAUUUUUUUCAUUAUUCAUUAUUUUUCACGAUUUGAAUUUGUCAAAUUUUGAGCUAAAAAUUUGAAUUUUGACUGAAAAAAUCCAAGAAAAAUUUUGACGAUUCUUGAGCUUUUUGCUAGCUUCCGAGCUAUCAUCAGCUAUGUCUUUGACUCUGUUUCACCGUGCCUUCACUAACUGUACAAACAAAGUCAGUAUUUGCCAAAAAUUUCAACAGAAAGCCAUUUUUGAAACACUUGCUAUACAAAAUUAAUUUGACAAAUAAUGAAAAAAUAUUGAAAUAAUGAAGAUUUCACAUGGCUGCCAAUACAGAACUGUCAACUCUCCCGGUUUUGACCCAAGAUAUUUUCUCCCGGUAUCAAGAUAUUUUCUCCCGGUUGCUUGUUUUAAUUGUUAUGAGGUAAUGGAAUAUUUUCCAGAUUCAAAUAUCUGGCAAGAAAUAGUAAUUGUGUGAAAAUCACGCAUGUCCAAGCUGAAACUUACUCCAUGAACUACAAGUGUUCGGCUUUUAUAAUGAUUAUAAAGCCGGGAAAAUGAUUAGAAUUUUUUACUGUUUUGAACACUGCAUAUUACUUUAAUUUUGCUCUCCCGAUUUUUGAUAAAAUCUCACAGGUUUUUAAGGGCUAAAAAGUGAAAUCUCCCUGUUUUAAAAUUUUAAGGUUGACAGGUCUGGCCAAUAACACAUGCAGGUGGGUGAUGGGAAACUGAUACCUUAAUUCCAUCAGUCCUAUGCUGGGCUAUGUUGCACUAUGUUGUAUGCAUGCAUAUACUGUAAAAAGUCAUAUAUCAAACAUAAAUAAUGCCCUGAUAUAGAAAUUUACCGAAUUAUAUUCCAAUAAGUGCGAUAACUGAUGUCACAUGCAGUGAUAUGUGUUUUUUAAAAUUUAAAAUUUAAUACCUAUAUUCCAUGUUUUGAAAGUUUUGUUUUAAUUUCUAUAUUCCACAGUGUCUCCCCUAUCUUCUUUUACAAUCCCACUUCCAUUAUUCCAUCUUCUCUUUCUCUUAUAUCUUUCUUAACACCCCUCUUCCUGUUUUUUUUUUCUCCAUUUCUCUCUGCAGUUAUUUUAUAUAUUUUCUUGUAAAUCUUCCUUUGGUUUAACUUUCUCUUAUUAUAUGCUUUUUCUCUCUCUACUUCCUUCUACUGUAUGUUUCCUCUAUAUCAUUCUUUAUCUUACUAUUAUUGGGUUUCUUUUCUUUGUUCUCCUGUUUAUGAUUCUUUAUUUGGCCAUUCGUCCUUAUAUCUUUCUUAGAAUUGGUAUUUUCAAUAAUUAGUGUGACAACAGAUGCCAUUUUGGCAGUAGCCAGCAACCACCCGGAGAAAAUAGGGUUGCACGGUCAAUUGCGUUGAAAAAAUAAUAGGGUCGGCAGAAAAAAAUAGGGUCGGUCGGGAACUGGAACCACAGGUAUUUUUUUUACGACCAAAUAUCUUUAUUUUUUUUCUUUUCAGAUGUUGGCACAGAAAGGAAAGUUGAAAACUCGACAAUAGAAAUUGAAAGUCAAAAUGUAGACAACGUUUUACUGAGAGCAGUCAAUAAUCCAGUAUUUGUACCAAAAACGUCUCAACAAACGUUUAAUCCUGCACAGACUUUAUCAAGUCGUUUAGCUUCAGCAAUAAAUGCCCCAGAGUUUGUGCCAGGUAAAUGUUUCUCUAGACAUGAAGAACCAGCGGAGGAAAGACUUCAAGCAAUAGAACAUUUUGUGAAUAACAAAAUAAAACAACUUACAGAAGAUCCAGGCUUAUUAGAUGAGUUAUCAAUGUCAAUGGCAAACUAUUUAUCAGUUUAUAUUAGAGUUGAGAACGAUAUGAUAAAACUAUCAGACUUACUAUUUGAAAAGGUAGGUCAUCUUCAAAACGUCUAGUAUGUAAAGUGUGUAUUUAUUGAUUGCUCUCAUUACUAAUAGAAGUCUUCAGUUGCUGCAGAUCCAGGUGUGUACAGUAGAAUUUGCACUGUCCUAAAUGUAUGUCGGGAAAACAAUACUGUACAAUAAAACUCAUAAUACAUUUGGUUUUAUAGUGUGUAUCAGAGCAAAACUUUCAGUAUACUGGUUCAAAACUGGCUAAUCACCUGGAUAAGUACUUAGUUCCGAAAAUGACAGAACAAUUUCAAUUCAGGACAGUAUUUCUACAAAGGUAAAACUUGUGCUGUACUGUAAUAUCUAUAAUACAUAUCUUGCACUGACAAUAUUCCACUACACAUCAUUAAAAGGUGCAUAUGCACUUGUCGAACACUAACUUUAUAGUUUUUAGGGGGGUAUAGAGGAAAUAUGGUAUGUUGUUUUGUUUGAAUCCAGGGUAACUCUUUGCACCACACGUUAAAUAUCACGAGGACCGGACGGUGAUUCAUGAAAUAAUACUACAUGCCUAAAGAUUUACAGUACGUAUUCUUUUUAGUUACUUCUAGAUAAUACAGAGUUCUUGUAUCGAGGCCCCUGGGGGAGACAACAGAAUAUAAAGUAGUUUUUACGGUGCAAUAUAGUGAUGGAUGGAGAAUGAGUUCGACCAAACAGUGCAAUAAUGCAAUAACUUGUAUCGCAACUUGGCCAACAAUUUCUUUAAACACCAAAAUAAAAUUUAGAGUAUACAUUUACGGCAAGUUGGUAUAAGACAAUUUUCUCGUAUUUUUGUUCAUUUUUAAACAUUUUAUGAAUCUUGCUAAUUUUAAUAGAUGUAAGAGUGAAAAUGAUAUAUUCAACGAUGUAAUUCAGACGAAUCCUGAGAGAGCCUGCAACGUUGCAAUAUUUCUUGGUGAAUUACUAAUGAACUUCAAGGUUUGUAAGCAUAAGAUGCAUUUAUUUUGACCCUGUCAGGUAGAUGCAUGCAUUUUCC